AUGCCAGCACCGCUUGCAAAAGGUAUCAUCAUCACUGUCUCUGUGCUCGUCGCAGCAGGCAUCGCCGUAUAUGAGUCUCCACAGUUUAAGCAAUGGGUGACUACCUCGCGGCGUAAGAUCGCCUUGGCUCUGCACAACCUCGGUGAUGAAAUCCAACCACGGGAGUUAGCCAGAGAGGAUAUAUCUAUGUCCGAGGAAGUUGGAGAGGUCGCCGAAGAACGCAGGCGGAUUGCCCGCGCCGAAAUUAUGCGUCGAGGUACGCUCAUGGAAUCACGACGCAAGGCCCAGUCAGAUCAAGCUCUUGGUAGCUUUGAUACCCUCGUAGACGGCGAUGGCAACCUGCGCACAACUCAAGACAGUGCCGGUACCCCUUCCAGCGCAGAAGGUAGCGCUAACUCGACUGGAGUCGAUAUUGUCACCUCAGAGGCUGUUCGACGAGGAGGCAAACAGGCUCAAGUUGACUCCUCGUACAUGGAACGAGAUCGGCUGCAUCUCGACAUUCCUUCAGCUCCUGCUUCAAACCAUCCAUCGGAGUCUAUUAUUCAAUUUACGCCUACUUCCGAAGCACCUGAUCAAGAUAGCCUCUUUGACCCGUUCUCGCCCAGUUCACCCUUAUCCGCCUCUGGCUCCUCUGGCUCGAGCCAUACAGAAGAUCACCAGCAGCUGUACUAUGCUCACCCUCAUUCAGCAGUUAACAAUACUUACCAGCAUGAUCUGCUUGCUGAAUUAGAUGACUUCGGUCAUGGGAAUGCCCAGUCUGCUCAUGAUUUCUCGGCUGCCCCUUCUACAACUGGAACAUUCAGCCAUGUUGGAGGAUUUAACGGUGAAACAUCAAAUGGUACUCUUAGCGACCUUGGUGGGCGAUCAGUUGAUGGCGCAGCUACUCCUGCAAGCUGGUCUGAGGUUGGGAGUGUAAUUAGCAGCGAGGAUGCUGGUCAUCAGCAGUUGCUAUGA